AUGGAUAAUAGUGUUGCUGCACCAUUCGAUCAAACGAUUGCGAUCCUGUGCGAGCGGGUUGCAGGCCUUCUUGCGCAGCAAGCUUCAUUGCCUCGCCGGAGACUCCUCAUUGCACUGGCUGGCGUCCCUGGUUCGGGCAAGUCCACAAUUUCCUCUGCCUUGUUGAAAAUCCUCUCCAAGAAAGCCGCCGGAAGCAUUGUGGUGGUGCCCAUGGAUGGCUUUCAUUACUCCAAAGCGGCCUUAGCAAGCUUUCCCGACCCGGCGUUUGCAUUCCGCAAACGAGGAGCGCCCUUCACGUUCGAUGUGACCGCCUUUCUGGACUUUGUGUUAAUGCUCAAAGACCAACCAGUUACUUUCUCAGGAGAACCCGAAGUUCUGAUGUUUGCACCGAGCUUCGACCAUGGAAAGCAAGAUCCAGUGGCCAAUGACAUCGAAAUAUCGUCAAGAGCUCGAAUAGUCAUCAUCGAGGGCAACUAUACUCUCUCCGAUGAGCAGCCGUGGUGUAAAAUUGCCGAACAGGUUGAUGAGAGGUGGUUUGUAGACACCCCGCCCGAUGUCGCCAAAGAGCGACUUAUUGCUCGACACCUCCGUGCCGGGAUUGAAUCGACAAGAGAUCUGGCGGCGCGGAGGGUUGAAGACAACGAUCUUCCAAAUGCGGAGCUCAUCCGAAAUCACCUUACUGAACCCAAUCUGAAAAUCGUUUGCUAG